GUGGUGAGGUUUUUGCGCCAAUUUGAAUUCAUAAAGCGAACUCAACUGCAUAUUAUCCUCUGAUAAUUGCUUUCGAGGAGCGGAGUCACCAAAAUGUUCAAACGUUUCGAAUACAAGCCUCUCAACAAUUCGAAGAACGAGAUUCGAUUAUUAGAGAUUCUUCCUGCUGAUGAGGACGGAGACAACCCCGCAUUCCAAGGAGAGUUAGUCCAUGCCACUCUUGAAGACGAGAGCUUCAUCGCAAUCUCUUACGCCUGGGAGGAUCCCACCCUAAUCAACUACCCUCCCGACUCACAAUGCAUCCUCGACCUCACAUCUGAUGCCAAGCUUUCCAUAGGCCGAAAUCUCACAGCCUUGCUAUCGGUGGUGCAGAAGACACUGGCUGACACGUACCUUUGGAUUGAUGCUAUUUGUAUCAACCAAGAGGACAUCACGGAGCGCAAUAAAGAAGUGACACGUAUGCGUGAUAUCUAUCGCUCAGCGUCCGAUGUAUUGAUUUGGCUUGGACCGGAAGAGAAUGAUAGUGACCUCGCCCUGAGUCUGAUGGGCAUGAUUACACAUCAGAAUAUCACGACGAACCCCUCAUUUGAGGAUUUUACUGAAAAUCCUGAAUGGCCAAAAUGGCCGGAAGAAGAUAUAGCAUGGGUUAUGGAGAAUAUUGACAACGGCAAUCAUCUCCCUCAGUGGCGAGCUUUCAAUUCGUUGUUAGAGAGGACUUGGUGGGUGAGGGUGUGGAUGUGUCAAGAACUUGCCUUGGCCCAGAAUGUGACUUUCCUUUGUGGUCUUGGGAUCUUUUCGCGUCAUGAUUUUUACUCUGUCGUUCUCAAUAUCUGUCAAGAGGAUUUUGAUUGGAUCAACGAUGUUCUGGUUCCUAAAGGGAUAUCUCUAAAUAAAGGACGACUCGAUAUCAUUUUCGAUCUUUUGCUGCUUUGGAACUCGGCUGAUGUCUCAGAUCUGCUGCAAGUGAUGUGGCUGACGAUAGAUCGCCUUGCGACAGAUGAGCGGGAUAAGAUUUAUGGUAUUCUUGGACUCGCCACGGAUGCAGAAAGGAUUGUCCCAGAAGCAGAUUACACUCUCAGCAUCUCUAAUUUGUACAGGAAUCUGACGAAAGCUAUGAUAGAAGAGAGGGGAGAUUUGGAUUUUCUAUCUCUGGUCUUCAAUCGUCCACUAGCUUCAAGCAAUCCGCCUUGGAUGCCUACUGCCUCUCGAGCAGAGAUUUAUAUGUUCAACACUUCAUUCUUCGAGCCAAGUAUGAGAAGUUUCUCCUUCCAAGCUGCGGGAGAUACUGGUCCAAAGGUUGAUUUUAGCAUCGAGAGAGAUUCUCUUACUGCUGAAGGGUUCGUCUUGGACGUAGUUGAUGGGCUAGGGCCAGCUUGGUCUGAUAGUUGUAAAACGCCGAACAUGAUCCAGUCAUCACACAAAACUCAUUAUCCCAUGCCGGGAGAGACAUUCAGAGCUUUGUGGAUGUCACUGGUUGGAAGUAUCAACGAGGUUUCGGAUGGUUUCUCACUUGCGCCUGAUAUCUUUGGAGAACUUUUCGCUGCUCAGUGUUGCAACUUGGAAGACAAAAUGAAUCCGAAGACCGACGAAGAGCUAUCAGAAAUGGAGGCUUCUAUUGGAUUUCCACGUUGGUACGCUCGCCACAGGAACUGGGGAGUCGCUGGGAAGACAAUUCGAGAGUGGACUCAAUCUGUACAUGCUUCCAACACAUUACCAUUCCUUCAGGUUACGGAACACGAAGUGUGGCGAGAUUUUGACAAAAUGUGGAAAUGGCUAGUCCCUGGCAGACGACUCAUGUCCUCUAGAAAAGGUCUGCUUGGCUUGGUCCCAGACUCGACUCAAUCAGGAGAUCUUGUAUGCAUUUUGUUUGGUGGGAGAAUGCCAUUCAUCUUGAGGCCAAUUGAAGAAGGUUAUUUCUUGCUUGGAGAUUCAUAUGUGCAUGGUGUCAUGAGAGGAGAGAUUAUGGCAGAUUUUGAAGAGGGGUCGUUCCAGAAGACGGUCUUCAGUAUUCGUUAAGUUUUCAAGCUCCAAGUUCUCAGUCCUGGAAGCAAGUUAGAUAUUCAGAACGUUACUUGGUAGCUAGAACUUUACAAUCAGGGCUUCAACAACACGACUUGUGGCGCACAGGUGAUCGACC